AUGGAAAGCGCCGAAAUUGUAAAGUCCGUCAGCGGUUUUACAUGCCUCUGGGCGUUAUUAUUCUUCGCGGCUCCUUUUGUCUUCCGAAAAUGCGCCUUCUCCUCGGAGAUUUAUCAAAAGCUCUCAAAGCACAAAAAAGUGGAUCUUUGCCUCCGUGCGUCUUCAAUUUGCGCCGCCUCCUGCGCCUGGAGCUUUGCUGGAUAUAACUUGCUGUACAAAUUAAGGGCGGAUGACCCUCUAAAUGAGCCGAACGAUUUCGCUUCGAUUCCUCUAUUAUUUAUGACUGGUUUCUUUACGCUUGACACAAUUGUGUGUAUCUACCUCCGCGAAGAAUACGGUGCUGCUACAUACCAAUAUUUCGGCCAUCAUUUCGUCGCUAUUGUUGGAUUUUACAACGCUCUUCGAUACCAAGAAUGUCUUUGGUUUGCCAACUACCGCCUUCUGUCCGAACUCUCGACCCCGCUCAUAAAUAUCAGGGCGAUCAUGAACGCCUUCGACCUCAAGGAGAAGUAUUCAAGCCUCUAUUCUGCCAAUCGAGUCUUCACCAUGCUUGCCUUUUUCACCUCCCGAAUUGCCACCAUUCCCUAUUUCUGGAUCCACUCCUACAGAAGAUACGACGAUCUCUUGAACUGCGACUGGAAGAUCAUCGCCAUGCUCUUCCUCUCAGGAGUUGUACUUGAUUUCUUAAACAUACAGUGGUUCGUCCUUAUCCUCAAAAUCGCUUCCGUCGAGUUCAAAAAGAUCCCCAAAAUCGCCAAGGAGAAAACAGAGACGCUCAAAAUCUCGCUCCGAGAAAAGAAAGACAAUGUUUAUCAGACGAUUCAAACAGCGAAAACCGACUUCCGGGAAAAUGUCUCUUACCGAAUCAACCGAGUACGAAGACGACUAUCAGCUCUACGCCCCGAAUAA